CCAGAAUCCUCCGCGCUGCCCGACGAGAAGGUGACAGGGGACGGCGAAAAUGGCCUCCGCCUACCUCACUCACCAGCAGAAAGUGCUGCGGUUAUACAAGAAAUCAUUAAGACAUCUCGAGUCUUGGUGUAUUUUUAGAGAUAAAUACCGUUUCUACGCCUGCCUGCUGCGGGCUCGCUUUGAUGAGAACAAGGGUGAGAAGGACAUGGUGAAGGCCACCAUGAUGCUGAAGUCAGGAGAGGAAGAGUUCUGGGCCAACCAACAUCCUCAGCCCUACAUCUUCCCCGACUCUCCUGGAGGGACCUCCUACGAGAGAUAUGAGUGCUACAAGGUCCCAGAGUGGGUCCUGGACCACUGGCACCCCUCAGAGAAGGCCAUGUAUCCUGACUACUUCUCCAAGAGGGAGCAGUGGAAGAAGCUGAGAAUGCAGAGCUGGGAGAAGGAGGUCGCCCAGCUGGAGGCUGAGACUCCAGCCGGAGGCCCCAAGACCGAAGCCCUUCCUCCGGCCCGCAAGGAGGGCGACCUCCCCCCUCUGUGGUGGCAGUUCGUCACCCGUCCCAGGGAGCGUCCCACAUAAACACCCUUCCUCUCCUGGGGUUCGGUCAUUCCCGCAGCCUGAUGGGAAACUGUCCCGACCACAACAACAGCACGAAGACCUGCUGACCUCUAAUUACCAUCUGUCUUUAGCGAGUCUUUCACCUGUGCAGGCUGCAUGGCGGACAAACCAAACAGCCUGAGUUCCACACAGUGACUCUUCAGAUUAAGGUGAUGAGUGACUUUGAGAAGUCCUGUAGAUGUACAACUUAAUAUCUGUAACUGUUCAAAUAAAUAAAUGUGUGAUAAAAACUG